ACAAGAUUUUAGCGUUGACUAACAAAUUGUAUCAUAUCUUUCUUUCGAUCAUGUCUUCUUAGUACUGCUCUGAUUACCUUACCAGAUCAGAGAGACCACACAAAUGGCUUACGCUGCUGUAACUUCUCUAAUGGAAACAAUAGAUUUACAUUUCUUGCAAUUACAGCCACGCUUGCCCCUUGAAGAUUUAGAGGCACAGAUGAGAGAUGAUGGCAAUGAAAAUCUGGGCUUGCUGCAACAAAUUCUUGAGGAUAUGGCGAUGAAAGAUCAAUUGAUGAUCAGAAUCACUGACGUAAGAAGCACUAAAGCUUUAGCUUGGGAUAGUGUACUCUUGAGUUCUCGGCUUAGAGAGUUGGGUGAAGUCAAACAAAAGAUGGUCUCUCUCCAUGAAAAUCUUGGCUUGCUGCAAGACAUUCUUCAGAAAACUGAGAUUGCCAGUGGGAGGGCGAUGAAAGAUUUAGAGGCAGAGAUGAGAGAUGUAUUGUUCAAAGCUGAAGAAAGGAUUGAGAUGGAGUUGACUACCAUUUAUCUAGCAAAGGAUAAUCUUCUUCAUAUAACAGCUUGCCUGCUCAGGCUUCAUCAAAUCUUAAAUGAAGCAGGAAAACAGACUGAUUACCAUAGGAAUGAGUUGAUCAGGAUACAAGCUGAAUACAAGCUUGCAAAGGCUUCAUCACAAAACCAAAGAAUCCCUGAUGUUUCACUUCUUGGUCGGAUCCUACGAAGAGGACUACUGCUUGUGAAAGGAGGAUUAUCACACAAGAACAUUAUUGUGAGGAGCAAAUUUUCUAGAAACUCUUCAAAGUUGGACAGUAGAAUGGUCGGAUGCCAUGAGCUGCUCAACACGAUAUUGAAUAAGCUCACGCACCAAUCAACUAAGGGGAGACAUGUUGUUUCUAUUGUUGGCAUGGGAGGAAUAGGCAAGACCACUUUAGCCCAGAAUAUUUAUACAGAUCCAGCAAUUACUUGUCAUUUUUACAUGCAAGCAUGGGUUACGGUUUCCCAGGAGUAUAACAUCGAACAAAUGCUCCGAUGUCUUAUUGGUUGUGUUAUUGCAACAACAUCAAGAGAUGAACUGCAUAAACAGAGCACUGACCAAGACCAAUUAGCUGAACAUCUACGUAAACUCUUGAUGGAACAGAGAUAUUUGAUAGUGAUAGAUGAUAUAUGGAGCACAACUGCUUGGGAUAGUUUGCAAAGAUGCUUUCCAGAUGAUAAUAAUGGAAGUCGUAUACUGUUGACUUCUCGGCUAAGAGAGGUAGCUGAAUAUGCGAGCUCAGGUAACUCUCCCCUUAACAUGCCUUUCUUAGAUGCCGAUGAAAGUUGGAAUCUCUACUGCAAAGUGUUUGGUAAAACUGAAUUCCUUUUAGUGUUUGAGCAAAUUGGUAGAGACAUAGUGAAGAAAUGUGAAGGAUUACCUCUAGCUAUUACUGUAAUAGCUAGUCUUCUCUCCAAGACAGAGGAGGAGGAGGAAAAGUGGAAGAAUGUUGCAAAAAGUGUAAUUGGUGAUUCUAAUGAUGCUUGUUCUAGAAUACUAUAUCUUAGUUACAACCAAUUACCACACCACUUAAAAGCUUGUUUUCUAUAUUUUGGAGUUUUUCGGGAAGAUUAUGAGAUCCCUGUGAAGAAAUUGGUUAGGUUGUGGGCGGCGGAGGGAUUUUUGAGGGCAAUGAAGCCUGUGAAUAUGGAGGAAGUGGCCAUGGAAUGCUUGCAAGAUCUUGUUGAUAGAAGUCUUGUUAUAGUUAGCAAACAGAGCUAUAAUAGGGAAAUGAAGAGAAUAAGGAUACAUGAUAUGUUGCGAGACUUGUGCUUGAAAGAAGCUGGACAUGAAAAUCUCUUAAAUGCCAUUAUUGCAGAUAAAGAAUUUUCAUUUAAUAAGAGGAUGAUAUCACAACACCAGUUUUCAAAACCUUGUCGUUGGGGAUUCCCUUGUGGCUUCUGCAAAGUGGAUUCAAGAAGAGCAAAACAACAACUAUGGAAAUGGUGCUCUCCUUGUUCAUUCCGAAAAUAUUAUGGUCUCUUUCUAUCCCUCUGCUUUGAUAUAUCUCGACUCUCAUCAUUUAACAUGCACUUCAUACUACUUGAAUUUUUCAUGGCUGUGGUUUCAAUGGAUAAUCAUCUAUCUGAUCUGUUUUCUCUCACUUCUAUCUCAUAUUUCCAUAUCUAUCUAACUGUGUUCUCCUUUUCUUUUUACUGAAUAAUAAUUUAUUGUUUCCAGAGAAUUUGAAUGUGCAUAGCGGUGAGCUGAAAUGGUCUCUGCGAGCAAUAUAAUUCGUUCUCAGAAAUCUGAUGGAUGGUGCUGCCAUAAUGCCAUUACAUGGGAAAAGAAUUUUUAUUUAUUCAAUUUAAAUUCUCAAUUUCUCAUAAAUCUGUUUUGUUUCUUAAGAGAAGUGAAGUUUGUUUGUACAGAUUUUGCUGCUGGGAAUUAAUUAGUUUUGUAGACACAAUGCAACGAUGUUGAGAGUAUGUAUAUCAUGGCAUGGCAUUGGACAGU